AAGCAGCCUAAACCUAAUCCUCACAAAGACUAAAGGGAUUGGCAGGAUACAUUUUUCUCCGUGAGGAAAACAGUGAUUUUAUUUAUCACUGUCUUUUUUUGUUGCGUUGUUUUCAUUUUCUAUUACAAUAUCAGCGGGGAAACUAGUAUUUUCAUCACGAAAUUUCUCUAUUAUCCCAUACUUUUGACGUUUACGCUUCAACAAUGGAAUCUAUCCGCACUCAGCGACUUCAACCAGGGAUAGGAUUUGGAGCUGGAUCGACUGGAACCCUACGGUCUUCUCUCCGGCCUGGGGUUACAAUGCCAACCGCACCUCUACUGCCUCCCCCGGCCUCUUUAUGUGCUUCCUCUGGGCCGCCUCCGCCGCUUCAACUGCACAGUCUUCACGGCACUAUUGGGAGUGCGGGGCUCGGAACAGGGAUGGCUGGAUUCGGUCUAUGUAAUCCAGGGAACCCGGCAGUCUUGAAGGAGGCGGUGGAGGCUGUUGUUCGGAGUUUUGCGAAGCAUACUCAGGGCUAUGGCAGAGUGAAUGUGGUGGAAGCCUUGCAAGAGUUCUGGCAGAUGAAGCAGUCAAGAGGGGCAGACCUCAGGAAUGGGGCGCUGGUGGUGUACGAGAUGGUCCCAUCAAACAACCCACCCUACGUUUGUUACGUCAGUCUUCCAGGGGGAAGCUGCUUUGGGAGUUUCCAGUUUUGUCCAACCAAGGCUGAGGCAAGACGUAGUGCUGCCAAAAUCGCUCUGAUGAACUCGGUUUUCAACGAGCAUCCUUCCCGCCGCAUCACAGAUGACUUCAUUGAGAAGAGUGUAUGUGAGGCCCUGGCCUCCUUUAAUGGAAACCGAGAAGAGGCAGACAACCCCAGCACAGGUAUCGGGGCAUUUCGCUUCAUGCUGGAGUCCAACAAAGGAAAGUCAAUGCUGGAGUUUCAGGAAUUGAUGACAGUCUUUCAGCUGCUGCACUGGAAUGGAAGCCUGAAGGCCAUGAGAGAGAGACAAUGCUCCCGUCAAGAAGUGCUGGCUCACUACUCCCAUCGGGCGCUGGAUGAUGACAUGCGUACCCAAAUGGCUGCUGAUUGGGUGAACCGGGAGCAAGGCUUGGCUAGCACCAUCGCCCAGGAGGUGGCGGCAACAGAUCAAGAACUUGAGGAGGCCAGGCUGGCCGGUCAGGAGCUGCGCUUCCACAAGGAAAAGAAGGACAUCCUGAUGCUGGCUGUUGGCCAACUGGGUGCAGCCAACAAUGCCACCCUGCCUUCAACCUGCUAGACUCCGAAGUGCCUUUCUCCUGUCCUACGUCAAGUUCCAGAAGAGGGGGUCGUUGAAGUCCAGACACAGUGGGAGGGCUAUUACUGCAGAUCCGUGGUUCAGGCACUGUGCCUCCUAACUGACAGAGUUGCACAUACUGUAGGACAGGGGUAGCUUGAGAGGCCCUCGAUGUCCUUGAAAGCCUGGUUAACAAUGCGUCCCCUGCACUGGUCACAGUUGAAGUGUCCGCAGACCAGCUGAGUCUCAGAGGAGAUGCAGCUCUGGCAGUGCGGUGGGUCGAGGCUCAGGGAAAGCCUACAGGUCUGAGGGCUAAUCUCCUUCCUGGCAACAUGUACCAUUGUCUCCUCCGCUGGCAAGCUGUUUCAGGAGGAUGAAGGAAACAAAUGUCCAUUACCUCUUAAAAAGUGUACAGCGAAAAAAAUAAAAAUAAACUGCCAUUAAUUUCAGUCUUAUAGUAUACACUAUACACUCACAUAUGUAUUUAUUUUGACAGUGAAGCUUAAACUUUUAAUUUGGCUCUAUACUCCAGCAUUUUGGAAGUGAGAUCAAAUGUUUUAUAUGAUGCGACAGUACAAAAGGUCACCUUCACUUUCAGGAUAUUUUCAUAUUUAACUAUUUUCCCGUUUUAGAAAUGAAAGCACUAUGUAUCCAGACCCCCCCCCCCAUU